AUGAAAAAGUUCGGGUUCGGAAAGAAAGGUGACGACGGCGGCCGUAAGAAGUCAUCGCAGUCCUCACAGGCGGACAACCCAUACGCCCAACAAGGGGCCAACGACCCGUAUACUGACAGUGCGAAAUAUGCAAAUAUGUCUCCCUAUCAGCAAGCUCGAGCUGGCGCCAUCGCUGGUCAGCAGAAGUCCUCUCCCUCUUCCAACGAACAAGGAGGGAGGCCCAGCGGUGGAAAUGGUUCUGGUAACCAAAGUCUAGCCUCAAGCAGCAGUUACGGUCCUCCUUCGUCUACGGGGUACGGUGCCGACCGAUAUGGAUCUGGCGGCGGGUAUGGGUCAGAUCGAUACAAUAAUUCAGCCAGUGGUGCUCGCGGUCCGGGAGGCUAUGGUGGGUUUAGCCAAAGCAAUGAUGGGCGUGACGAGAGCCGUGAGGCUGCUUUUUCUGGACCGUCAGAUCGUCAGCCUCAAGGAUUACAAUCAUCCCCAGCUCCGGCUACAACGUCGUACACAUCGUACAGCCAGCCUGGCGCAGGGGGCGACUCCUACGGUGGUUAUGGCGAACAAAGGGAGCUGACGGCUGAGGAACAGGAGGAAGCAGAGUAUCGGGCAAUUCUUGCGGAGAAGCGACAGAUUCAGCAAGAAAGCUCGUCAUCAGUUUCUCGCUCAGUCCAGAUGGCGAGACAAGCAAAUGAAGUCGGGCAGGCAACACUUGCGAGACUCGGCGUCCAAGGCGAAAGGCUGCACAAUACAGAAAAGAAUCUCGAUCUUGCUGCCAACCAGAACAAGGUUGCGCAGGAUAGGGCAGCAGAGCUCAAGACGCUCAACAGGAGUAUGUUUGCAGUUCAUGUUGGGAACCCCUUCACAUCGAAGGCUCGACAGCAAAAGGCAGACGAAGAUGUCUUGACAAGAUAUAGAUCCGAGAGAGAUCAGAGAGAGGCAACUCGCCAGGAUGCCUACUCCUCUAACCAGCGCAUGGAAUCCACCUUCAAGGAAAUCAAUGCUGCCGACCGCCCGCGUCCUCAAACCCGCAAGAAGGAUUAUGGCAAAUUCAACUUGGAGGACGAAGACGAAGAGGCAAAUAGAAUUGAAGAUGAUAUUGAUGCCGGACUUGAUGAGCUCGGGCAACAGGUGUCGAUGAUGAAUUUAGUCGAAGAGCCAUUGAGCGAUGCUGUUGGGGACGCUACUAUGUUGAACCGAGAACGUCUGGCGCGCAUUAAGUAG